GCCUUGUGAACUGGAGGAAUGAGCAGCAGUCUCUCGUAGUGAGGCGGUCUCUUUAAGGCUGGACCGGAUCAUCAUCCCUGUGGAAGUCCGUCCUUCCAGCAGCACCCAGCGGCAGAAGAGGCGGUUCUCUCCUCUCCCACCGUUCAUUAACGGUACCGACCUGUCAACGGAAACGGUGGACGUCGCUUUGACCUCCCGGUAUCAUCUCCUUCGUCGUUUACUAGCUUUUAUUGAAGCGUUUCUAUAAAAGGGCUCAGUGAAGGAAUCCGGAGCGGCGGAAGGAAGGAGAGGAGGAGAGGCGGGGGGUCGGAGGAGAGACAGAGACAGAGACAGCCCGGCUCUGCUGGACAUUCAGACGGCCGCACCACCACCACCACCACCACCACCACCGCCGCUGCUGCUGCAAACCCGGACCAGCCUCUCCAGCUGGAUGUCUGCCCGUCUCACAGAGAGCACCACGGUAUGGACGCUGGAGGACUGACUCUUGGGGAGCCGUGAACGAACCCACCACCGUGUGUUUUACAACCAGGAGCCGAGGAGACAAGGAGAGUGACAGCACCAGCAACAUGUCUGUCCCUGUGCUCUGUAGAAUGUUUGACUGCCUGCAGGCGGCACCACAGGUAGAGAACGUGUUGGCCAAGGCGUUGUACGACAAUGUGGCGGAGUCUCCGGACGAGCUGUCCUUCCGUAAAGGCGACAUCAUGACGGUGUUGGAGCGUGACACGCAGGGUCUGGAUGGCUGGUGGCUCUGCUCCCUCCACGGUCGCCAAGGCAUCGUCCCCGGCAACCGUCUCAAGAUCCUGGUCGGCAUGUACGACAGCAAGCAACAGGGCACGCCUUCCACGCCAGAACCGGCCACUUCCUCCUCCCAGGUGCAGCGACCCCUCCCCCCUCUGAGCGCCUACGCCAAACCAUCACGUGCUCCGUCAUCUGCUGCCGUCGCUACUUCCUCCUCAGGGUAUCCCAUCAAGCCCUCGACUCAGUACACACCUAUGCAUCCGGCCUACUCCACUCCCAGCCCUGCACAGACCAACCCCGACUCUAUCUACAUGAUGCCCCCCUCCCACGGCCCCAAACCAAGUCCACAAAGUCUGUACCAGAUCCCCUCCGGCCCAAGCGGACUCCCUCCAGGACCCCCCAGCAAGGGCCCGGCUCUAGCCCAGAGACAGUACCAGCUGGCUGGGCAGGACAUCUACCAGGUGCCCCCCUCUAUGGGCUCAGGGCCAGGCCAGGGAGCGGCCCCGGCCGGGGGGACGGGAGCUGGGCAGGAUGUGUACCAGGUGCCCCCCUCGCUGGAUAAAAGGAACUGGGAGAGCAGCAACAAGCCACUGGGCAAGGUGGUAGUUCCUACUCGGGUCGGACAGGUGUAUGUGUACGACACGGUGAAAGCAGACCAGGACGAGUACGACGUCCCACCCAGACAUCAGCCUCCGACCCAUCAAGACAUUUACGACGUGCCGCCCACCCGCCAGCAGUACAACACACAGGUGUAUGAUACUCCUCCCAUGGUGAUGAAGGGACCCUCUAGUGGUCAAGAUAUAUAUGACACCCCAGCAAGCACAGACAAAAGUACUCAGCAGACGGUCUAUGACUUCCCCCCGUCUGUCAGUAAAGACGUCCCUGAUGCUCAGCCAAUCAGAGAGGAGACCUACGACGUGCCGCCCCACUUUGCCAAACUCAAGCCGGUCCCCGUCCCUCCCGGCCAGUACCUGCACAACAACCUCAACGACGACGACGAGCCGCCGAUUCCAGAGGACGUGUACGACGUCCCGCCGCCCAUCCUGACUGACAAGCGUUAUCGCGGGGACAGGAGCGGAGUCAGCCAGGCCCCGCAGGAUAUCUACGACAUCCCGGCCAGCCUGCGGACCGGAGGUCACACCGCCCAGGACGUCUACGACUUCCCCCGGGAACGAGAGGAGAAAAGAGGAGAGAGGGGAGACCACUAUAUCUACGAUGUCCCACCGCAGGUUGUGCGUGAUGCCCAGUCCACCAGUGAGGAGCUCACCUUGUCCUUCAAGCGGCUGUCUGCCUCGAGCACAGGAAGCACACGGAGCAACCACUCUGCUUCAUCCUUGGACAUGGUUCCUGUCCGCGACACCUCCUCUUCCUCCUCGCUUCCCGCCCCUGGCCCCAUUCCAGGGAAACCCCUCAUCUUGGACCUGGAGCAGGCCAUGGAGCGUCUGUCUCGCCUCCAGCAAGCUGUUGAGUCCAGCGUUUCCCUCAUGAUGUCAUUCAUCACAGGUAACUGGAGAAGCCCCGCUCACCUGGAAGGAAACCUCCCGGCCAUUCAUCAAGCCGCCGACCGGGUGCGCUCAUCUGUCCGAGACUUCCUGGAAUUUGCCCGGGGCGCUGUGGCGAACUCCGCCCAGGCCACGGACCGCUCCCUGCAGACCAAGCUGGGCCGUCAGGUGGGGAAGAUGGAGGAGGUCUUCCAGAGUUUGAUUCGACACAGUCAGGGCUUAGAUACCGUUUCCUGGUCGCACACUGCGCUCUCGGCGCCGCCGCCGGGAGGGGACGACUUAGAUCGACUCAUCAUGACGGCACGGGGCAUCCCAGACGACGCCAAGCAGCUUGCCUCCUUUCUCCACGGUAACGCCUCGCUGCUCUUCAAACGGACCAACCGGCAGCAGCAGCAGCUGCCGCUUCCUCCGAUCCCGGGGGACAGCAGUGGUCACAUGACAGGAUCAGGAAGUGGGAGCUAUCAGGGAGGGGAGAAGGUGCACAUUCAAUCGCGGCCCCUCCCCUCUCCGCCAAAGUUUACAGCUGCAGAGGAAGAGGAAGGUGUGGACAGGCCGUAUGAGACCACAGAGGAAGGCUGGAUGGAGGACUACGAUUACGUACAUCUACAGGGAAAGGAAGAGUUUGAGAAGAACCAAAAACAGCUGCUGGAGAAAGGCAACAUCAUCAGACACAAGACACAACUGGAACAGCAACAGGUACCUAUUAAACAGUUUGAGCGGCUAGAGCAGGAAGUCAGCCGGCCGAUCAACAACGACAUGACGGGCUGGGUCCCGUCCCCGCACCACCCUCUGCCCAACCAACAGGCCCAGAACGGCUCGGGAGGCCCCCCCCCCUGCGCCAAGCUGUGCAACGGCGACCGGCAGCUCCUCCUCUUCUACCAGGAGCAGUGCGAGCAGAACGUCACCACGGUGACCAACGCCAUCGACGCCUUCUUCACCGCGGUCAACUCCAACCAGCCGCCCAAGAUCUUCGUGGCGCACAGCAAGUUCGUCAUCCUCAGCGCGCACAAGCUGGUGUUCAUCGGCGACACGCUGUCGCGCCAGGCCAAGUCUCCCGAUGUGAGGGCCCGGGUGGCCCAGAGCAGCAACACCCUCUGUGAAAAACUCAAAGACAUCGUGAUCAGCACGAAGACGGCGGCGCUGCAGUACCCCUCACCUGGAGCAGCCAGGGAGAUGACUGAGAGGGUGAGGGAGCUGGCAGGCUGCACGCAGCAGUUCAGGAUGGUGCUGGGACAGCUGCUGGUGAUGUAGGGAGGGGCGAGGGAGGGCAAGGGGGGAGCCGCGGAGGAAGAGAAACCAAACAGUGACACAAACUGAGUGUGAUGUCCCAGGAAGACAGGGCAGUAAAUCCUCCCUGUAACAAGGGAUGGAUGACCCUGUAUGCCCCCUGCAGCAUGGGGGGUAGGAGGACCUGGAGCCCAAUAGAGCCCCUGAGAGUGCUGCAGGAAACCCCGUACAUCCUCCCAGUGUGAGGUUGGAGACCCCACAUCCAUCCUCUCUGCUCCCUCCCUCCCUCACCUUUGACUGGGACCAUUCUUCCCUCAUCCCUCCUUCUCCGUCUGCGCGCUUUUUAUUCUCGACAAACUCAAAGGAACAUUGUAUCUUCAGUGGGCUGGGCCAAUGGUUGUAAAAUAAUCAUUGUAAAUAUUUAAGUGACCUAUUUAGUCAGAAAACCAGGAAAGAAAAAAGACUAAAGAACUUCCAGUAUAUAAAUAUAAAUAUAUGGUUCUUUUCUUUUGUUUGUUUUUUUGAAGAAAGAAAGAAAAGAUGAAAACAUAAGUGUAGUUUUUAGAACAAUAAUUGUUAUUAUUAUUGCUAUACCGUAUAAUUCUGGCUCUGAUUCUCGACCCUUGUAUCAUUAUUGUUAUGGAUGUGUAAAUUCCAGGUGAUAUGUAUGACUGUAUGUUGUAGUACAUCUAUGCUCUUCUCCAUCCCUGACAAAGGCACACUUUUUCCAAGAAGCACUGGAGCACACACACACCACCUUUAAACUUCACCCUGAUGACAAACGGACAGUUGUACGUGUUGUCCCGUGUGUCGGAGCAGUACGUUACCGCCGCCUGCGGCUCAAUAAAAUAAUUUCAAUCCACAGGUGAAGGCGACACACUGCUGCCAAAAGAUGUCCACAUAACUGUACAGGUCCAGUACUGCAGUUAUUAAAGAUGAUUUCAGUGCCCUCUCAGUUGCUUUUUUGGAAAAACUAUAUGUAGGUUGUUUUGUAAGAGGCAUGUAUUAGAGAAAAGGAGUGUAAAAGGUUCAAACUGAAAUGAAAUUAAACCUGUUUUCUUCUUUUCUCUGA